GUGACCGGAAGGAACGGCUGAACCAAGAUGGCUGCAGCAGAGGUGCCCGGAAGUGUUGCUACCGCCGGCGGUAGUUGCAACACCGAGGCCAUGGAUCGGGUUCUAUCUGUGUUGUUGGUGCCGAUCCCCGCCGAGGCAACGGGGCGGCUGGGACCCCGCGCACAACUGCACAGAGAGCAGGAGGUUUUGGGGAGCUUGACGGCUGCGGGCAGCCUCCAAGUGCUUUCCUUGGCGCCGGGCGGCGGGGGCAACUGCUCGCUCGAGGGCCCCUUCCGGCAAUUUGUGUGGGAGAAUUCUCCUAACCGCAGCACACCAACAGACAAGCCCAAAUUGCUAAUUCUUAGUAAAAAGUAUGAACUGUUCAUCUAUGAAUUUAACUUGAAAGAUGGAAGAUGUGAUUCAACCAUUUUGUUUAGCUGUAAUGGGGAGACAUUACAAAAGCUUAUCGAAGAUCAAAGUAUGAGUAUUUCCUUAUCAUCUUUGAGAAUUCUGUCAUUUCACAAUAACACAUCAUUAUUGUUCAUCAACAAGCAUAUCGUCCUGCACGUUCUGUUUCCCGAAGGAGAUGCUGAGAUUAGAGUACUCAACAGUUUCACACUGGACUUGGCUGCACCGGCGGUGGGCGGGAUUGUUGAUACACAGCUGUGCAGAGGAAUUCUUUUUGUUUUGAAUAGUUUAGGCUGGAUCUAUAUUUUUGACGUUGUGGAUGGUACACAUGUAGCUCGUGUGGAUUUAGCACUUCACCAAGAAGAUGUGUGGGAUGAGCAGCAACCGGAGCCAGCUGAGGUGUCGUCCUUCACUUCACUGAAGGUGUCUCAGGACCUAGAUGUUGUUGUGGUUGUCAGCUCCUCCAGCUCCGCGCUUGCUCUCAACUUAAAUUUGUAUUUCAGGCAACAUCCAGGGCACCUACUACGUGAAAGAAGGCUAGAAGAUCUUCCUAUUCAAGGACCUAAAGGAAUAGAUGAAGAUGAUCCUGUUAACUCUGACUACAACAUGAAACUGACCAAGUUUUCCUUCCAGGUUGAUAGGUCUUGGAAAGCUCAGCUAUCAUCACUGAAUGAAACAAUAAAGAUCCCCAAACCGGAGGUUUCCCAUUGUACUCCGUGGUUCCAGGAUUAUUUGCAUUUGGAAUCCUUUGAAUCUGGUAAUCACGGUACCAAUGUGCUGAGUUGGGCCUUCAUGCCGCAGGACACGUGUGGCCAGUAUAGUUUUCCACGGAAAGAUGGUCAUGCUAAGACCAGUGAUCCAGAAAGGUCCUGGAAGAUAGUGCAUGUCAGUGAUGAAGAGGAAGCCGCUGAGCUUGAGUGUGUGUCUGUGACGGGAUUCACCGCACUGUUUACUCAGGCAACAGAAAGGAAAGGCUGCACCAUUAUCCUCUGGGAUUUGGAGACCCAGGGCAUGCAGUGUUUUUCCCUCGGCAAAAUACGUAUUCCUAUAGAGAGCGAUGGAGACCAACAGCUGUGCCUUGUUUUGACAGAAAACGGACUCUCUCUGAUUUUGUUUGGUUUGACUCAAGAAGAGUUUUUAAAUAGACUAAUGAUCCACGGAAGUGCCAGCACUGUGGACUCUCUCUGUCAUCUCAACGCUUGGGGAAGGUGCUCAAUCCCCAUACACGCACUAGAGGCUGGGAUAGAAAAUCGUCAGCUGGACACAGUAGAUUUCUUUUUGAAGAGCAAAGAAAAUCUUUUGAAUCCAUCCUCAAAUUCUUCCGCACUUGAUCAGUUUGAUCACUUUCCAUCCGAUUUAUAUUUAAGAAAUGUGGAAGAACUAACACCAGCAUUGGAUUUACUUUGCUCAGCAAUUAGAGAAAGUGAUUCUGAGACCCAAAGCAAACACUUUUCAGAACAACUGCUUAAUCUUACACUGUCUUUCCUUAACAAACAAAUAAAAGAGCUUUUUGUUCACACUGAAGAGCUAGAUGAACAUCUGCAGAAAGGAGUGAACAUUUUGACCAGCUACAUAAAUGAGCUUCGAACCUUCAUGAUAAAAUUUCCUUGGAAGCAAACGGAUGCUUUGGAUGAAUAUGAUGUAAAUGAAAAUGUCCCCAAAGUAAAGGAGAGCGAUAUAUGGGAGAAACUCAGCUUUGAGGAAGUUAUUGCCAAUGCCAUUUUAAACAACAAAAUACCAGAGGCACAAACCUUCCUCAGGAUUAACAGCCAUUCUGCUCAAAGACUCGAGGAGCUGAUUAAAAUAGGCCUAGAUUUAGUCUUUGACAGUUUAAAAAAGAACAACAUAAAGGAAGCCUCCGAGCUUUUGAAGAAUAUGGGUUUUGAUGUAAAAGACCAGUUGCUCAAGAUAUGCUUCUUUACAACUGACAAAAAUAUACGGGACUUUCUGGUUGAAAUUUUAAAAGAGAAAAAUUACAUUUCUGAAAAUGAAAAAAGAACUAUAGACUUUGUGCAUCAAGUUGAGAAGUUUUAUUCGGGACAGUUCCAAGAAAAUCCACAGAUCCAGUCCUUUCCCAGGUAUUGGAUAAAGGAACAAGAUUUUUCCAAGCACAAAUCUGUUUUGGACUCAGUCCUGAAAUACCAUAAAGACGAAUUUAACAAACAGGAUCAUAGAAUUGUGUUGAAUUGGGCUCAGUGGUGGGAUCGACUAACGCAAGAAUCCGUCCUUCUUCCCAGGAUAAGUACAGAAGACUACAGAUCUUAUUCUGCUGAAGCCCUCUGGAGACACCUCACAGCUCGUCAUGAUUGGUUAAGCAUUAGCUUGUGGAUCAGAGAGUUUCAGACCCAGGAUAGUUACGCUUCACUUCAGCAGAACAGAUGGCCCCCUCUGACUGUUGAUGUGAUUGAUCAGAAUACUUGCUGCAACAGCUACAUGAGGAAUAAAAUUUUAGAUAAGCUGGCCAGGAAUGGAGUUUUUCUUGCAUCGGAACUGGGAGACUUUGACCUCUUCCUCCUAAGACUGAGCCGUAUUGGGGGUGUGAUGCAAAACACCCUCCCCGUUCAAAACUACAGGACCAAAGAAGGUUGGGAUUUCCAUUCUCACUUCAUUCUCUAUUGUUUGGAACACAAUCUGCAGCAUCUUCUUUAUGUCUACCUCGACUUUUACAAACUUAGUCCUUCAAAUUGUCCCUUUUUGGAAAAAAAAGAAUUACAUGAAGCUCACCCCUGGUUUGAAUUUUUAGUUCAGUGUCGACAAGUUUCCAGUAAUUUAACAGAUCCCAAAAUGAUCUUCCAGGCUAGCCUUGCAAAUGCUCAGAUACUGAUUCCUAGCAAUCAGGCCAGCAUCAGCAGUAUGCUGCUGGAAGGACAUACCCUCCUGGCCCUGGCUACUACAAUGUAUGCCCCUGGGGGUGUCAGCCAGGUGGUUCAGAAUGAAGAAAAUGAGAACUGUUUGAAGAAAGUGGAUCCCCAACUCCUGAAGAUGGCAUUAAUGCCUUACCCCAAGCUGAAAGCUGCUCUGUUUCCACAGAACACUGCUCCUAAUAUCCUGCCACACGAUAUCACACUCUACCACCUUAUCCAGUCAUUAUUGCCCUUUGAUCCCAGCAGAUUGUUUGGCUGGCAGUCUGCCAACACACUCGCUAUAGGAGAUGCAUCAAGUGAGCUCCCACAUUUCUGUAGACCUGAUCUGGUUAAUAAAUACGCUAUAGUGGAACGUCUGAAUUUUGCUUAUUAUUUACAUCAUGGACGACCAUCAUUUGCAUUUGGUACUUUUCUAGUCCAGGAAUUAAUCAAGAGUAAAACUCCCAAGCAGCUGAUUCAGCGAGUAGGCGAUGAAGCCUAUGUCUUAGGACUCUCCUCCUUCCACAUGCCUUCAGUAGGAGCUGCCUGCGUUUGUUUCCUAGAAUUGCUUGGCCUUGACAGCCUCAAGCUCCGAGUUGAUAUGAAAGUGGCCAAUGUGAUUUUGAGCUACAAGUGUAGAAAUGAAGAUGCUCAGCACAGCUUCGUCAGAGAGUCUCUGGCUGAGAAACUAUCUAAACUGGCUAAUGGCGAAAAAGCAGCCGUAGAAGAGUUGCUUGUUCUCUUGGAAGAAGGCACACGGAACAGCAUCCAGCAGCAGGAAAUAAAGAGGCUAUCCAGUGAUUCCAGCAGCCAAUGGGCCCUAGUGGUCCAGUUUUGCAGGCUCCACAAUAUGAAGAUGAGCACAUCUUACCUCAUUGAAUGCGCCAAAGCAAAUGAUUGGCUGCAGUUCAUCAUUCACAGCCAGCUCCACGACUAUCGUCCAGAGGAGGUGAAAUCCCUUCUGCACUAUUUCAGCCCAGUCCUUCAAGACCACUUAAAGCUGGCUUUUGAGAACUUGCCCUCCACGUUCAACUGCAGAAUGAAUAGUGACCUGAUCUGCAGCAGAUCCCCCCAGCAGCUCCAGAAAAAUGAAGAACAGAUGACUGAUUUCUUUGCAGUUUUGCUCCAGUGCUCAGAGGAGCCCAACUCCUGGUGCUGGCUCCUGGCUGAAGCAGUGAAACAGCAGGCACCCAUCCUGAGUGUCCUGGCCUCCUGUGUCCAGGAUGCCAGCGCUGUUCCUUGUCUCUGUGUUUGGAUCAUCACAUCUGUAGAGGACAGUGUUGCUGCUGAAGCAGUGGGGCACAUUCAGGACCCGAUAGAGGACCACGCCUGGGGCCUGGAGGACCUCUCGGCCGCCUGUAGAGUGUUACUAAGAAGGCAGAAGAGCAGAACUCUCAUCAGAGGCUUCCAGCUGUUCUUUAAGGAUUCCCCAUUAUUGUUGAUGCUGGAGAUGUAUGAACUGUGUAUGUUCUUCAAGAACUAUGAGGACGCCAAAGCCAAACUCCUGGAGUUCCAGAAGAGCCUUGAAACUCUUGAAACGGCAGCCACAAGGGCCCACCCGCUCACCCCUGCCUCGUGGCUGAAGGAGCAGGUGUGUUUUCUUGUGAAGCUUAUGCUGCAGCAGUGUCAGACCCAGUAUGAGCUGGGGAAGCUUUUACAGCUCUUUGUUGGAAUAGAGCAUCUCUUCUCUGAUGGUCCAGAUGUGAAGAAGCUGUGUGCCCUCAGCCAGAUUUUGAAGGAUACAUCCAUAGCCAUUAGUCAUGCCAUUAUUACCAGCUACAGCACUGAGAAUUUUCAGCAGGAAUGUAGAUCCAUUUUGGAAAGACUGCAGACAGAGGGGCAGUUUGCUUUAUCCAGGAGAGUAGCAGAAUUAGCUGAGUUACCUGUGGACAACUUGGUUAUUGAAGAGAUAACUCAGGAAAUGCAGACCCUAAAACAUAUUGAACAGUGGUCUCUAAAACAAGCAAGAAUUGACUUCUGGAAAAAAUGCCAUGAGAAUUUUAAGAAAAAUUCCAUUUCAAGCAAAGCAGCUUCAUCCUUUUUCUCAUCCCAAGCCCUUGAGGCCUGUGCAUCCCCAGCUGAGGAGCAGCAGAGCGGCAUCGAGGAACGCCAUCUGCUGCUCACCCUGGCCGGGCACUGGCUUGCCCAGAAUGACCUGGUGCCCCUGGAGGAGCUUGAGGAGCUGGAGAAGCAGAUCUGGCUCUGCCGCAUCACCCAGCACACCCUCAGAGGAAACCAGGAGGACACAGACCCCAGAUUUUCUCGACAGAUCUCAACUAGUGGCCAACUUUCCUUUGAUAGCUUAGCCAGCGAGUUUUCCUUCUCCAAGCUGGCUGCUCUGAACACAUCAAAAUACCUAGAACUGAAUGGUCUUCCAUCCAAAGAUUCAUGUGAGAAUAGACUGGAUGGGAAGGAGGAGGAGUCACUGAACUUUCUGAUUGGGCGCCUGUUGGAUGACGGCUGCGUGCGUGAAGCAAGUAGAGUGUGCCGGUACUUUGGUUUCUACAACCGAGAUGUUGUCUUGGUGUUGCACUGCGGGGCGCUGGCCUCAGGGGAAGCUGGUGCGGAUGACCUGCAUGCAGAGGUCCAGGCUCUCCUACAGAGGGCUGAGCUGCUUGAGGAGGAAGAGGAGUCUGCUGUUGCUGCGAGGAAAGUCCGAAGCACUUCAAGUUUGGAUACUCAGUCCUUGAAGACGGCACCUCCCAGUGACCAAGUGGUGGCUGACCUGAAAACGCUGACAAGCAAAUGCCUCCAUGGGAAGAACUCCUGCCGGCAGGUCCUCUGUCUGUGUGAACUUGCCCAGGAUCUGGGCUGUCCCUACACAGAUGUCGCCGCCUGGGGUGGCGAGGCUGUGCUCCGGGCAAUCUUGGCUUCUCAGCAGCCCGACCGGUGCAAGCGAGCCCAGGCCUUCAUCAGCACCCAGGGCCUCAAGCCAGACGCUGUGGCUGAACUAGUGGCCGAAGAGGUGACGCGGGAGCUGCUGACCCCAUCAGAGGGAGCAGGACAUAAGCCGACAUUCAGCCCUGCAGAGGAAAGCCAGACAUUUCUGCAGCUGACCAUGCUGUGCCCGGACCUCACGUUAGUAGGCAGGAAGCUGUUGGACAAGAUUUCCUCCGUCCCCCACGGGGAGCUGGCUUGCACCACAGAGCUGCUGAUCCUGGCCCAUCACUGCUUCACUCUGACAUGCCACAUGGAGGGCAUCAUCCGAGUCCUGCAGGCCGCCCGGCUGCUCACAGACAACCACUUGGCCCCCAACGAGGAGUACGGACUGGUGGUGCGGCUCCUCACUGGCAUUGGAAGGUACAAUGAGAUGACGUACAUAUUUGAUCUGCUGCAUAAAAAGCACUACUUUGAAGUGCUGAUGCGGAAGAAGUUGGACCCGAGUGGCACCCUGAAGACAGCCCUGCUCAACUACAUCAAACGCUGCCACCCUGGGGACAGUGAGAAGCACAACAUGAUUGCCCUGUGCUUCAGCAUGUGCCGGGAGAUUGGUGAGAACCACGAGGCAGCUGCCUGCAUCCAGCUGAAACUGAUUGAGUCUCAGCCCUGGGAGGAGAGCCUCAAGGAUGGGCACAGGCUGAAGCAGCUGCUGCUGAAGGCUCUGACGCUGAUGCUGGACGCCGCAGAGAGUUACUCCAAGGACUUCUGCGUGAGACAGGCCCUGCGCUGUCACCGGCUCACCAAGCUGAUCACACUACAAAUCCACUUUCUGAACACUGGCCAGAACACAAUGCUCAUCAACCUGGGCCGCCACAGGCUGAUGGACUGUAUCAUGGCCCUACCUCAGUUCUACCAGGCUUCUAUUGUGGCCCAGGCCUAUGACUUUGUUCCAGACUGGGUUGAAAUUCUAUACCAACGAGUGAUUCUUAAAGGAGAUUUUAAUUACUUGGAAGAAUUUAAGCAGCAAAGGUUAUUAAGAUCCAGCAUAUUUGAAGAGAUCUCAAACAAAUGUAAACAACAUCAGCCUACCGAUGCGAUGGAGAAGAACCUGAAGCAGUCACUCACAUACUGUGAAGACAUCUACCUGUAUUACAAGCUGGCAUAUGAACAUAAAUUUUAUGAUGUUGUAAAUGUGCUUCUGAAGGACCCUCAGACAGGUUGCUGUCUAAAGGACAUGCUGGCAAGUUAGAUGGAUUCAAAUGACAUCAUUUGACGAGAUGGCACAAGGUGCCUUUUUUUCUCAUAGUGAAAUGAGGUACUGACUGAUAGAUGUCCGUGAGCCGCGUAAUUUUUUCACUCUGGGCUGUAAAAUGCCAGGACUGUACCACAUCAGUCUCUUGUGGGUGCCAGGCAAAGAACGAGACAAGACUUUUCACAGUGAAGUUCCUACUUAAAAGUGAUUGUUCAUCUAUGCCAUUUUAUAUGGGUAUUAACACCAAAGGCUUUAUCUUUCUCAGGACGGCUUCUAUUUAGAUGAUAAUACUGAUUAAAGAGUACCUGUGCCUGCAGAUUCCAGUUUCAAAGGAUUUACUAUUAUUUACAGAGUUAAGGAACUGGUGAUGAUACACUUCCAUUUGUUAGACACUCAUCUCUAAUAAAACAGAUUUUACAUUUCAGGAUGUCAUCAUUACUAAGGUACUCCUAGCCCGUAUCUUCCUUAAAACAGUAUUUGCUGUAAUUAUUGCUGUGCGGUUACUUUCUGUUCAUUCCUAAAAUCAUUUAGAUGAUGGCCUUGUCUUCCACUUAAUACUGAUUGAUUAAGAACCCUAUUUCCUAUGUAGGAGAAGUCGUCCCCCACCCCUUUCCAUGCUAUGGUGGUUUUUUUUUAAAAAAAAAAAAAAAAA